UAUAUUUUAACGAUAAGUGCUUAACCCCCAAAACACCUAAUUGUACUAAUAGAAACAAGCUAAAUAAGCAACAACAACAAGAUGAACAACGAACUAAAGAUUAAAGUUGAACGUUGUGCUCACACAGCCAAGGAUUUCACGCGCCUCUACUACGCUUCCUUCGACAAUCGUCGCCAUCAAUUAGGACGUCUGUACCUUGACAAUGCAGUCUUUAGCUGGAAUGGAAAUGGAUCCAAUGGACGUCAAAUGAUCGAGCGCUAUUUUCUGGAGUUGCCUUCGUCUAGCCAUCAGAUGAACACCAUGGAUGCCCACUAAGGAUGGCCUUAGGCU